UGGGCAGCUAGCUAGGCUAGCACUUCCAGAUUGACCUCCGCUUCCAACAUGGCUGGUGUUAGAGCCUUUGGUGUUCUCUCUAGAUUGUCAGCAAGGCGGUAUGCUCUCAUUACAGGCCCUACGUUUCGAACCUUCUCCGUAGCUUCUGCCAUGUUUGCCCGAACCCAUGUGAAUUAUGAAGUCAAGGGUGAUGUUGCCGUUGUCCGAAUUAACGACCCAAACUCCAAGGUUAACACACUGUCCAUUCAAAUGCAAAAGGAGAUGACAGAAGUUAUGGAUGAAGUGUGGGCCAAUGAUGCUGUUAAAAGUGCUGUCCUCAUCUCCUCAAAGCCAGGGUGUUUCAUUGCAGGAGCUGAUAUUAAUAUGAUUCAGGCUUGCAAGAGUGCGGAAGAAGUUAGUAAACUUUCUCAGGAAGGACAGAAGAUGUUUGAGAAGAUUGAAAAAUCCCCGAAGCCUAUUGUUGCAGCCAUCAAUGGUUCUUGUUUAGGAGGAGGUUUGGAGUUCGCCAUUGCCUGCCAGUACAGAAUUGCAACAAAGAGCAAGAAAACCAUUCUGGGUACUCCUGAAGUAAUGCUGGGUCUUUUACCAGGAGCUGGUGGGACACAAAGACUACCUAAAUUGGUUGGAGUUCCCAGUGCCUUUGACAUGAUGCUAACAGGAAAAAACAUAAGGGCAGAUAAAGCCAAGAAGAUGGGGCUUGUCCACCAACUUGUAGACCCUCUUGGGCCUGGACUGAAGAGUCCAGAGGAAAGAACAAUUGAAUACCUGGAAGAAGUUGCUGUUGAAUGUGCCAGAGACAUAGCCAAUAAGAAGAUUUCCCUUCACAAACAGAAAAACAUGAUGCAGAAAAUUCAAGACUAUGGGAUGAGCUUUGAGUUUGUACGGAAUCUACUUUUCAAAACUGUCCAUGAUAAAGUCAUGAAACAGAGCAAAGGACUUUAUCCAGCACCCCUUAAAAUAAUUGAAUGUGUGAAGACUGGAAUUGAACAAGGCCCAGAUGCUGGAUACUUGGCAGAGUCUCAGAAUUUUGGUCAGCUGGCGAAAACRUCCGAAUCAGCAGCCCUGAUUGGUCUGUAUCAUGGUCAAGUGGCCUGCAAGAAGAAUCGCUUUGGAGCGCCUCAAAGAGAAGUAAAAACACUUGCCAUCUUGGGAGCGGGUCUAAUGGGAGCAGGCAUUGCCCAGGUGACCGUGGACAAGGGUGUGAACACAAUCCUCAAGGACACCACAGUGGAGGGACUGGCUAGGGGAGAGCAGCAAGUUUACAAAGGGCUCAAUGACAAGACCAAGAAGAAGAGCAUCACGUCAUUUGAGAGAGACUCCAUAAUGUCCAACCUGACUGGUCAGCUGGAUUACAGCGGCUUUGAAAAGGCUGACAUGGUUAUUGAAGCAGUGUUUGAGGAUAUAAACAUCAAGCAUGCCGUUCUGAAGGAGGUGGAAGCUGUUGUGCCCCCUCACUGCAUAUUUGCAAGCAACACAUCUGCUCUGCCCAUCAAGRAUAUUGCUGCUGCAAGCAAAAGACCUGAGAAGGUGAUAGGAAUGCACUACUUCUCUCCAGUGGACAAGAUGCAGCUUCUUGAGAUUAUAACCACUGAUAAGACAUCAAAGGAUACCACUGCCUCUGCUGUGGAUGUUGGCUUAAAGCAGGGCAAAAUCAUCAUAGUUGUUGGGGAUGGACCUGGAUUCUAUACAACAAGAUGUUUGGCUCCUUUGUUGGCUGAAGCUAUACGAGUGCUUCAGGAAGGUGUUGACCUCAAGAAGUUGGAUGCACUCACAACAGGCUUUGGGUUCCCCGUGGGUGCCGCCACGCUGGCUGAUGAGGUCGGUAUUGAUGUUGCGGCGCAUGUAGCCGAAGACCUGGGGAAAGCUUUCGGCUCCCGCUUUGGUGGUGGAAAUGUGGAGGUUUUAAAAACCAUGGUGGACCUGGGAUUUAAAGGACGCAAAUCAGGAAAGGGUUGCUACAUCUACCAAGAAGGACGCAAAGACAAAGACGUCAACCCAGAGAUGAGAGACAUUCUUGAGAAAUUCAGRAUGACACCAAAUCCUGCUGUUUCAUCAGACUCUGACGUUCAGCUGAGGCUUGUUUCACGAUUCGUCAACGAAGCCUUGCUGUGUUUGCAAGAAGGUAUCCUGCACAGCCCACUUGAAGGAGACAUUGGGGCUGUGUUUGGACUGGGAUUCCCCCCCUUCCUCGGAGGACCUUUCCGCUACGUGGACACCUUCGGCGCAGACAAGCUGGUGGAGAAGAUGAGGCAGUUUGAAGCUGUUUAUGGGAAUCAGUUCACACCCUGCCAGCUGCUCCUGGAUCAUGCAGGAGAUUCCAGCAAGAAAUUCCACAAGUGAUGGACUCUCCACGUGCCAGUUCAACCUAAACUCCUGUUUGCCAGUAGAAUGUGCCUAACGUUGGUAUUAAGGAUGGGGACAAACACUCAAUUUUUUUAGGUACACCUAAUUGGCUCCUGCAAUAAUUAUACMUGAAAUUAUUGAUCAUUUUGGAGGAUCCAGUUUGUGGCAGCUUUGUUUUGCUACUACUGAGCCCAUUACUGGUUUAAAAAAAAUACAUUUGAAAAGGUGGCUCUGAAAUAAUCAUAAACUUGAUUCUUACAUUUAUUGUAGCCAGGUGUACCUAAAAAAAACUAGUUAACUAAAAGGAAGAGUUGAAGGUGGCUUUUUUUUUUUACUUAAAAUAUUAACUUGACAUAUAUGUAAAGGUGCAGAUGGAGGCUGAUUAUGAUACAUUACAUCCAUAAUAUUUGUGGAAAAGAAAUGGACUUUUCCAGCUGCCAGUUUAAUUGAUACUGAUGAAUGUUAAGAGUUGCCACAUAUGGUUCGUUGUCUUGUAYAUUAAAGGCCUUCAUGCUCAGGAUGGAGAAUUAUGUAAAUGUUAAAGAAAUUCCUUUUUGAGUUUGUUUUUGUUUGUAUACAACUUGUAGAGGAAAUUUCACAAAACUGAAAGUUGUCAGAACAGAAUAAAGACUAGGAAUGUGUCAGA